UGGAUGUUGGGGAGGCCUGAUUGGCUGGAAAACUGAAGGAUCCCCAUUCUGAUUGGUUGUUCUGAGUGGGACACAGAGGAGAGAAAGCAAGAGAGAUGACGGAUUGGUGCCUAUUUGUCCUUCGGACUGAGGGUUGUGGGUUCUAAUUGGAUGGGAGAUCUGGGAUAGGUCUGGAUUCUGAUCGAUUGCUCCGUCUGGGGUUCCACUGGUGGUUAGCCAUUUGAUUGACUUUUUAGAAUUGGCACAGGGAGAUUGAGGGUCUUCAUGCCAAUUGGCCAGUAGGACUCAGAGGCUUGGGUUCUGAUUAGUUAUUCUGACUUGUGGUUGGGGGAAGAGAGAAUGAUCACUAUUAGAACCGAAGAGUUCUGAGCACGUAAGAGCUGGGGAGGGGGUGGUUGCAGUGUACAGGAUGCGAUCUGCCUGUAACAGUUUCCUUGCAUUACGAUGCGGGUUACUCUACUUAGAAAAGGGCGGAGGUGAGAGGAUGCAACGCAACGCUGAUUUCACCAGCAGAUGAUGAGGAUACAGCCCUUAAUGAGUCCCUGUUUUGAUCGACUGAAGAGGGAAUGGGGAAAGUGAAGCCAGGACUCGAUGCAGAUUGGCUACGGACGCAAAACGCCCACCAACCUUGGCCGGCCCCCAGUCUCCACCCUAAACCUGACUCAGGUGAAAAUGGCGCCACGCGUGGGGGCGGGACCGGCAGCACACAGAGAGCGCCUAUUGGUUGGGAGCGGCAAGGGCCGCCUUCUUCGCUUCGCCAUUGGCCCGCUCCAUAAGGCGAGGAAACCUACGAGGGGGAUGAGCCCGAACUAGGGAUGUGACAGAGCUCCAGAGGCAACACAGAGAGCGUCCGGCGCCCCGUGGGAGGCCGCUACCGUCUCGCGGCUAGCUGCAGUUUUCAGGACUACGGGGACGGCGGAGGGAGGGAAUAGCUUUCUUUUGAACAGUCCAAGACGCUGACCCGUGCAACGGGACCACGCCUGGUUCCUGUGUCUCUUACCAAACCGUGACCCCGGAGCACAGGACUGGGUUUGGUGGUCGUGACCAGUUUGUGAUCCUUGAAGGAAGAGACCAAGCCUGGUCCUGUAUCUCCCUCGCCAGACUGACAGAGAGGGCUGGGAUCAGGUUUUCCUGUUCCUUUUUUUUUUAACUUCCUACCUAUCCACACGCAGCCAUCUGCCCACAAAGACAUGACUACCAACGCGGGCCCUUUGCACCCAUACUGGCCUCAGCACCUAAGACUGGACAACUUUGUGCCUAAUGACCGCCCCACCUGGCAUAUACUGGCUGGCCUCUUCUCUGUCACAGGGGUCUUAGUUGUGACCACGUGGCUGUUGUCGGGUCGUGCUGCGGUGGUCCCACUGGGGACUUGGCGGCGACUGUCCCUGUGCUGGUUUGCAGUGUGUGGGUUCAUUCACCUGGUGAUUGAGGGCUGGUUCAUUCUCUACUAUGAGGACCUGCUUGAAGACCAAGCCUUCUUAUCCCAACUCUGGAAAGAAUAUUCCAAGGGAGACAGCCGAUACAUCCUGGGUGACAACUUCACAGUGUGCAUGGAGAGCAUCACAGUUUGCCUUUGGGGACCACUCAGCCUGUGGGUGGUGAUUGCCUUUCUCCGCCAGCAUCCCCUACGCUUUGUUCUACAGCUCGUGGUCUCUGUGGGUCAGAUCUAUGGGGAUGUGCUCUACUUCCUGACGGAGCACCGUGACGGAUUCCAGCAUGGGGAGCUGGGCCACCCUCUCUACUUCUGGUUUUACUUUGUCUUCAUGAACAGCCUGUGGCUGGUGCUGCCUGGAGUCCUUGUGCUUGAUGCUGUGAAGCACCUCACUCAUGCCCAGAGCACGCUGGAUGCCAAGACCACGAAAGCCAAGAGCAAGAAGAACUGAGGAGUGGUGGACCGGGCUCAAAUGCUGGCCAAGGAGGAGCUCUCCACCUGCCAGAAGAGUCUAGUCCUGCUCCCACAGGUUGGAGGGACAAAGCUAAUUGAUCUGUACACUCAGGCUCGUGCGUGGGCACGAGACGGGGAAGAAAAGGGCUGUGUGGAGGCACUGCUGGGAGCCAUUGGGACACAGAUACAAGAGAAGCCAGGAGGUCUAUGAUGGCGGCAAUUUUUAAAAUCGGGAAAUAAAAGAUCUUAACUCUAA